AUGGAUCAGACGGAGGCUCUGGAUAAUUUUCUCUCGUCUAUUGGCGAAGAGGUGGAAGAUGCCGAAGAGGAAUCCUUCCUCCUAUUCUCAAGGGACAUCCCCUCCGCGAACUUAGGCUUCGUUGACUCCCGCGCGACAACCGUCGAGGUGGCCGUCCACGGUCAAGACUACUCGAUCAGCCAAUCUCCCACCCUCCUCUCCUCAUCUCGAGCGGGAGGAACAACAGGCGCAGUGCUAUGGAAAAUCACCCCGCUCUUCGCAGAAUGGAUCUCCGCCGCCCAAUCAAACCCGCUCUGGAAACACUCUCUCCUGACCUCCUCCUCAACAGUCGUCGAGCUCGGCUGCGGCAUCUCAGGCCUGAUAGCGCUCGCCCUCGGCCGUUCGAUACGGCACUACGUCGCGACAGACCAGGAAUACGUCCACCGCCUCCUCCGCGAGAACCUCGAAGCCAACACGUCCGCAGCAGCCGCAAACACCCCCAAAACCCAGCCCAAGCCCAAGGGCAAGAAGCGGGCGGCGGGAGGACAGCAGAAACCGCCGCGCAAGCAGGACGGGCCAUCCAAUAUCACUUUUGCCGCGCUGGAUUGGGAACUGGAUGUCCCGGCGUCGUUGAGAGAUAGCAUCGGGCUCCAGGGGGACGACGACCAUGACGAUGAUGGCGCGGACGAUAAAGGGUUCGACCUCCUGCUAUCGUGCGAUUGCAUAUACAACGAGGCGCUGGUUGCCCCGUUUGUGCGCACGUGUGCGGAUUUCUGUCGCUUGAGGCCGGUCCAUACGACGGCCGGGCGGCGGGCGGGUCGGCCGCCGACGAUCUGCAUCAUUGCGCAGCAGCAGCGGUCUCCGGAUGUCUUCGAAGCGUGGCUGCAGGAGACUCUGAGCGUGUUUCGCGUGUGGCGGCUGAGCGAUGAGGCGCUGGGUGAGGGGCUCAGAUCGGGGACGGGCUACGUUGUGCAUCUUUUACUGUUGAGAGAAGGUGCUACGCACGGGGGAGGAGAUUAUAGAUGA